GCCAGCGAGCGGAAAGGAGUCGCGCUGCCGGAAGGGAUAAGGAGCCGCAGUCAAGCGUUAAUCUCGUUCUUUGGUAGCACUAUGGAUGCACGUUUUACCCGUGGCAAGUCUGCUAUCCUGGAACGUUCGCUCACCCGACCCAAGACAGAUGUAAGCCUCAGUGCCUUUUCCCUGCUGUUUUCUGAGAUUGUACAGUACUGCCAGAACAGGGUCUAUUCUGUUUCUGAGCUUCAGAACAAACUUUCUGAGCUAGGCCAGCAGGUGGGAGCUCGUAUCCUAGAUGUGCUGGUGAUGCGAGAGAAAAAUGGCAAACGUGAGACCAAGGUCAUCAAUAUUCUGCUCUUCAUCAAGGUGACAGUUUGGAAGGCUCUCUUUGGGAAGGAAGCUGACAAGCUUGAGCAAGCCAACGAUGAUGACAAGACCUACUACAUCAUUGAGAAAGAGCCUCUUAUCAAUACUUACAUUUCAGUUCCCAAGGAGAAUAGCACCCUCAACUGUGCUUCCUUCACCGCUGGCAUCGUGGAGGCCAUGCUCACUUGCAGUGGCUUCCCUGCUAAAGUCACAGCCCAUUGGCACAAAGGGACCACACUCAUGAUUAAAUUUGAUGAGUCAGUUAUAGCACGUGACAAAGGGUUGGAUGGCCGUUGACAAUAUUUUAUAUAAAUAAAUUUGAAUUGUCCAUGUGUGCAUAUGUAUAUAGAGAGUAUGUACAGAUAGGCACACACAUUCUAUAAUAAAGUAAUUUAUUCAUAUAUACUUUGAAAUUUUGACUACAGGCAAAUGGUAUUUGGUGAGGGAAAGCAAGAUCCAGCCAGCAUCGGAAAAAGGUUAUUGUGUUCCAUGAUGCUUUUCUCAACCUAGUUCUUGUCAGAUAAUCUGCAGUAUACUUCAUCCUUGACUUCUGGCAUUCUGAGAAGAAUUGUAAUCCCAAAUACCUGGAGGAUACCAGUCUGGGAAAGGAGUAUAUUGCAUUUCUUUGUUACUGUCCUGUUGGAGUUUGAUGAUAUUAAUGAAAAAUGUGUGCUCUACCAGCAGGCUAUUUGCUCGUGCUGUUGCCCUUUUUACUUAAUUCUUGCCAUUAUUCAUAACUAUUGCAGCCAAUUUCCUAUGUGUAUCUGAAAUAAGAAGUUGGACCUAUGUUAAUAUUUCAUCUAAAAUGUGUUCUUAGAGAUAGUAGUAGUAGCAAUGCCUCUCUCUGUGAUAUGUACUUUUUACUGACGUUUCUGUUCUGAGCAUAAGAAGAUAAAUCUACUUACCUGCAAAAAUUGUGAUAGAUUAUCAAGUAAAGCUCUUUUGAGUGUAGGCCAAAGCCACAUGCAUUUCCUGUCAACUUAAUCAUCCCUUCAUACAGCUCUUUCCUGCUAUAUUUUGAGAAAGGGGACAGGGGAGAUAAUUAUAACUGUGAUGUACAUAGUUAUCUCUCUUUUUAGAAAAAGUAAAUGAGAAAACCAUGCAUAUAGACUUCAUACAGAACAAUAAGCAAUAGAACUCCUGACAAGUGGGCAUAUUUUCCACUUCAUCUAGGCAAUCCCAAGUUUACAGAUAGUGCUUAAUCAUUUACCAGAGUUUCUUCAGUCCUGUUUUGGGGGCAAAAUGAAUAUUAGUCCUGGUUUAUUUCUUCUUCCAGCUGCAAAGUGGGGUAGAGAAUUGUUUUCAAAUCUUUGGUUAAGCUCUAUUCGUAUAUGUAGUUUUGACCAGCUUUACCCAGCCAAAGAUCUGUCAGUAUUUUAGGCUAAAACUUGAAAUCAAAUUCCCAGACAAUACGACCAUUUAUAUGUUAAAAAUGAUGGGAACUGAAUGCAAAAACAUCUGGAAGGAGAUAAUAAAAGAUGCAAGACUGAUUUGUCAUUGAAUAGAUCUAACAUCAAUCUGUUCUUACUAUUUAAUGCACUAGAUAUUUGGGAGAAUGGGUUUACUGAAAUAAUAAAUUUGGUGAAUGGCCAUUUUUAGUCUUUCCUCCUGAAAAUAGCCCACUCUACACCAGUUCAAGCUUUUGAAUGCUGUUCAAGGAUGCCCCAUGUAGAGUCCAUUGCAGUAGUCCAAGCAUGAGAUGACUGGGACUUGGAUGACUGAGCACAGGGUCU